CUGUGCGCUGUUAUUAUUGUAAGAGUAAUUUCUUUUUUACGAAAAUGGCGUCUAGUCAGGGAGGUGUGGGAGCUGUCACGGCUCUACAAAGCCAUCACUACUCUAGCGGACCUCCCUGGAGCCCGGGCAUCAGCCAGUACCAGCACCAGCAGCAGCACCACACGGCCCGCAGCCUGGACCGGGCGCUGGAGGAUGCCGUGUGCUCGGGGAUAAUGAACCUGAGCGGUAGGAAGCUGAGGGAGUACCCGGGUAUGAGCUACGAUCUGACCGAUACAACACAAGCAGAUUUGUCCAAGAAUCGACUCACAGAAAUCCCCCCAGAAGUGUGUCUGUUCGCCCCCCUCGAAUCGCUCAACCUCUACCACAACUGCAUCAAGUGCAUCCCAGAAGCCAUUAUCAAUCUGCAGAUGCUGACUUAUCUUGACAUCAGCCGAAAUCUCCUGUCAGUUUUGCCAAAAUACUUAUUCAGCCUCCCUCUCAAAGUUCUGCUUGUGAGCAACAACAAACUCGUGUCCAUCCCCGAGGAGAUCGGCAAGGCCAAAGAGUUGAUGGAACUGGACGUGAGCUGUAAUGAGAUCCAGGUGCUGCCAGCUCAGGUGGGGAGGCUUCAUGCAUUGCGAGAACUCAACAUCAGGAAGAAUUGUCUUCACAUGCUGCCUGAGGAGUUGGCUGAUCUGCCUCUCAUCCGACUUGACUUUUCUUGCAAUAAGAUCACAGAGAUUCCUCCAGUUUACAGGAAACUCAGGCAGUUGCAGCACAUCAUCCUAGAUAACAAUCCUAUGCAAUCUCCACCAGCACAGAUAUGUCUCAAGGGCAAAGUGCACAUAUUAAAGUACCUGAACAUCCAGGCGUGUAGGAUGGACAAGAAACCGGACACGCUGGACCUUCCCUCUCUCGGCAAACGUUGCCUUCCACAGCCUCUUACAGAUAGCAUGGAAGAUUUUUAUCCUAGUAAGAACCACGGGCCUGACUCUGGAAUUGGUAGUGACAAUGGUGACAAGAGGCUGUCUACUACUGAGCCUUCGGACGACGACACAGUCAGCCUGCACUCUCAGGUUUCAGAGACAGCCCGUGCUGAUGCCCUCUCACUCCUCUCCAAAAUGGAUUCUUGCAAAGAUCAGGAUCUCUAUGACUUUAUAGACCCCAACCCGGACGAGGAUCCUGCUCUGUCAGAGUGUAACGGGCAGCAGAGCAGUCACGUGUCUUGUAUAAAGGAACUUGAAAAAGUUCUUAACCUGUCUCACCAAAGUAAAGAUAAAGACGGCUGGAAAGAGGAGUCAGGUUCUGAUAAGGAGCAGCUGGUUGAGGAAGAGGAUGACGAGCUGAAGGAAGUGCUGGAUCUGAGGAAGAUUGCUGUUCAGCUUUUGCAGCAGGAGCAGCAGAAUCGACGACGAUCCCUGAUUUGCAGAGCGGAAAGUCUUAUUCACCGACGGAGAGUGACUGGCCGGGCACACAGAUUUCUGAGUCACUCUGGAAGUUCAGGCAGCAAGCCAAGACCCCCGCCUCAGAGCGCUCGCAGUGCUUCUCUGGAUGAAGGAAGCAGUGGAGCGUCAGUGCUGAGUGGACAGCCUUCUUCCUCCUGCUCCUUUGAUGGCAGCUUGAAGACAGAUCAUUCAGAUUCAGAGCCAAAGUGGCCCGAAGUCCCACCGGUCCUCAAUCAGAAUGAGGAUCGCAGGAGGAACAAGUACUUGAGAAAAGAUUAUCUGAAGUACAAGUGUCAGAGUGCUCGGAAAAACUCCAGUGGGAAUGACGACUGUGAGGAAGGCUUGCGCAACGCUGAUUUCAGCACCACUCUGACAGUGUUUGGACUAAAGCCAAGAUCAGCCUUCACCAAAGGGAGCCGGCAGGAGUACACCUCGACAGACCCCAGCUUCACUAUGAGGAGGAAGAUGGAGCACUUGAGAGAGGAAAUCGAACAGAUAGGACUCUUGCGGCAGAACAUUGAGUGCAGACUGAAGGUGUUGCUCCCAGACGACGUGGGAGCUGCUCUGAUGGACGGGGUUGUCCUUUGCCAUUUAGCCAAUCACAUUUGUCCUCGGUCUGUCGCCAGCAUCCAUGUGCCGUCUCCCGCAGUGCCAAAGCUUAGCAUGGCUAAAUGCCGUAGGAAUGUGGAGAACUUCUUGGAUGCCUGUAAGAAGCUGGGUGUCACACAGGACAAGCUGUGUCUGCCCCAUCACAUCCUAGAAGAGCGCGGUCUGGUGAAGGUGGGUAUAACUAUCCAGGCUCUGUUGGAUCUGCCUGCGUCAAAGCCCACACAACUGUCAGCUGUUUGACACAAGCCUGAAUGCUGCGUCCAUCCCGCAGUCAUCCAGCCAACCCCUCUCCCCAGCCCGAACCCACUCCCCAUCGCCAGGGACCAGAGAGCCCCCCGGGGCGAGGACCCAGUGGCUCGUGGGCCUUUGGGAGUCUGCUUCUGCCUGACUGAAACAGGAGACAGGAGGGAGAAAUACCUCUGUCUCUUAUAUGAUGUCAGCCGCCACCCUGCUUCCUGUCCAUCACAAUUCCACUUGUGUCCUGUUCCUAGUUACUGGGGUCAUCCUGUACAUGUGUGGACUAGCAAUGUGUGUUUCCUGAGCUGCACAGCUUGGACUUGUCGAGGAGAGACGGAAAAGACAAUUGGUCUAUAUGAAGACAUAUACGUACCUCUCAACAUGCUCGGUAAUUUUUGAGCCUGCAAGUGCCAGUAAUUAACAUUUCCAUGCGUGAGGAAGACAUUGGCAGUGAGGAGAUGACAGACAUGUGACUCACUCUUUCACUAAAGAGACCUAAGUUGCACGCUGGCCUCGCAGCAACAAACCACUCACUGCCCUCAAGGGGUUCUUACUGUUUUUCUUUUUUUUGUGGAAUUUCUUUUCUCCAUGAAUAAUAUAUUUUUUAAUUUAUUUGUACUGUAUGUACUUUCUGAUACAAUUCUGUUUUUUUUCUUUUUUUUUACAUCAGGUCCCUACUGUAUCUGCUUUUCAGCUGCCAAAUCUGAUUCAUAAAUUGUGUUGAUUUAUCAGAGCAAGGCGUGCCUCGUGAGUCAUGCUCCAGUAGAAAUUCUUCCCAUUUCCCCUCAAACUCUGGUGUGGUUUCGACAUAUUUAAACUACUGUACAAAUUAAUACUUAAAAAAAACAAAAUACAAACAUGCAUGCUAUGACAUUUGACCACUGUGAGAACAUGUGCCUGGCUGUGGCCAAAAGCACGACGGUCCUGUUUUGUAGCAUUUUUUCAUUGUACAUGCAAUGUUUUCCGAAAAAUAUUCUGUAUUCCAACUUUUCUAAAGCUUUUAUACUUUCUUUCCAGUCAUUACCAAUCAACAUUGUUGUGGAGUUCAGAGCAUGUGUUUGCCAUAUUACAUAUAAAGCAGUUAGGAAUGUAUUGCUUUGCAUAGAGUGGCCAGUCAUUCUGAAAACUCUCCACACAUGGCACGCUCUUAUUUCACUGCCAGGCCACCUUGCUGUAAUGUACUUUCUGAUACAAUUCUCAUUUCAGGGAAAUUAAAUUAUUUAUGUAUUUAUUCUUUUGUUUUAUAUUUAUAUGCUGUUGCUUUGUGUGUCUUAACACUGACUGCCAGUUCAGGUGCAGUGCAGCCGAACAUUUAGAUCUCGCGUUUGUCUUCUGCGUGCUGCGGAUCAACUUAAAAGAGAAGGCGAUUGGUUUAUUUGACAUAAAGUGUGAAUAAUUGCCUGUUUAAGAGAAGCUGAUUCAUCUGUAUUGACCUUUAUCAGUGACACGUUGAUAUGACAUGAAUAACAUGACCUCUGGCUUGUUAGUUCAGCUACUGCAGCCUGUAGUUGACACAAAAUCCCAUGUUUACAACAGAAACAAGUAGGCAAGGUGGUUAGAGCAGAGUUUUACUGUCCAGUGAAGACAUAGCUAAUCAUUAUGCAAAAAGUGCUAUACUAUUAGUUUGUGUAGCUGAAACAUCUCGGAGAACAACAGUACUUAAUGCCAAUUCAACACCUUGAAAGUACACAAGUAUAAUCAUGUGAAACAGCAUUGUAACAUCUAAAAACAUGACAUAUUGUGCCUUAAAGGAGGGGUGUUGGAUGUUCUGCAGUCUUAUGUAAUUACACUAUUAAUUUCAUUAAAUGCACCUGUUUUUUUUUCUUCCAUCUUGUAAAAAUACAUGAUUUAUAGUU